AUGGAGAAAACAAGCAGCGAUUCCCACCACGUCGAGGGCGCUAGCCCAAAUCUUGAAUCGGGGAAGACGGAUGCUUUCUACGUUGAAGAUCGUGUUGCUCAUCUUUCGGAGGAACAUCGUCAAUAUCUUCUUGCGAGACAUGGCACACUUGAUCUGGAUCCGAUCCCUGAUAUGAACGAUGCGGAUCCUUAUAACUGGUCCACAUGGCGGAAAACGCUUAAUCUCUCCCUGGUCGUCUUCCACGCUAUGAUCGGUCUUUUCACGGCCGCGUCAAUUCAAUCUGCCUUCGUCAAUAUCUCGGCCGACCUCGGUGUUAGCAUGCAGAGAACCAGUUACCUUGUCUCACUAUUCAUUGCCGUGCUGGGUGGUGCACCGCUUUUCUGGCGGCCCUUGAGCAACAGAUUUGGUCGGAGGCCCAUCUUUCUCAUUUCAUUGAUCUGCGCCCUUGUUGGUAAUAUCGGUUGUGCGGAGAGUCACUCCUAUGCCACAAUGGGUCUUUGCCGUGCUAUCACUGCAUUCUUCAUUUCACCCGCCGCGGCUAUUGGUAGUGCAGUUGUCGCAGAAGUGUUUUUUAGGAAAGAUAGAGCACGUUGUAUGGGAUAUUGGACCUUGAUGGUGACGAUCGGUGUACCGAUUGCACCCUUUUUGUUCGGAUUUGCCGUCAUGAGAGUGGGAUACAGGUGGAUUUAUUGGACACUUGCUAUUGUCAACGGAAUCCAGUUCAUUGUCUACCUCUUCUUCGGCUCCGAAUCCCUUUACCUUCGCAGGGAAACGGCCAGAAACAACGUCACAAGCGUGAAGGAGAGCAUGUUCAAAUUCCGACGCAUUGAUCCGGCACCUUUGCGAUUGUGGGACUUCGUGCAACCACUCAGCUACGUCAUGAAGCCUUGUGUGAUGAUUCCCGCCGCCGCCUACGCGAUGAUCUUCCUCUGGGGCAGCAUCAUGCUCACGAUCGAAAUCCCGCAGAUAUUCCCAGAGCAGUUCGCGCUGAACACCCAACAAGUCGGACUGCAAUUCCUGGGUAUCAUUAUUGGCUCAGUACUGGGUGAGCAAGUUGGAGGUUUGAUAUCCGAUCGAUGGAUGCAACUGCGCGAGAAGAAGGGUGGACGGUACCCAGAGCCAGAAUAUAGGCUAUGGCUAAGCUAUAUUGGUCACGCGUUGACAGUCUGUGGCGUUGUCGUUUUCUGCGUGCAGUUGGGCAAAGCUGGUGAUAAGUGGAAUAUCACCCCGAUCAUUGGGGCAGCAAUUGCAGCUGGUGGUAACCAGAUUGUCACCACGAUCAAUAUUACCUACGCUGUGGACUGCUACCGCACAGAUGCGGCCAGUGUCGGUGUUUUUAUCACAUUUGUUCGACAAAUGUGGGGGUUCAUUGGGCCUUUCUGGUUCCCGCAGAUGUUUGAAACAGUUGGAUGGGGUGGUGGUGCGGGGAUUGCUGUGGCUCUGAUUUUUGGAGUCAGCAUUGUGCCUACUGUUCUAUUGCAAUGGCGUGGCUCUAAGUGGCGUAACUAG